AAAUGAUGCGUUAAAUAUGAAGUCCUUAGGGUUUACAUGUCAGAAGAAUUAUGCGCUAGAAUUUUACUUGCUAAAUGUAGACAAAACUAACGAAAAAUAGCAUAAAAGCUAGUUAGCUUUUUUGUUUGUAGUUGGGUUUGAGGUUCAAAACACGUUUUCCUGCUUAAAGACCACUAUUUAAUUUUAAAAGUAUAAAUAUUCAACUACUGAAUAGGGUCCCACUGACUACUCCAGGCUGCUUUACUACAAAAGGAGCAAGCGUUUAUUGUUGGCAGUCUGUAUUCCCCGCAGCAUGGCCAUCCCUAUAGCCAUCUUGGACUGUGAUCUCCUCUUACACGGUCGAGGCAGCAAGAUCCUGGACCGCUUCGACCUGGACUCCGUCUCAGAUAACUUCCUCCUCACCAACUUUGGCUUUCCAAGAGAUUUCAUCUUGUAUCUGGUGGAUUUACUCAGAGAGGCUCUGUGCAGACGAACCCAGCGGUCCAGGGCCAUCAGUCCUGAGGUUCAGGUCUUGGCUGCGUUGGGUUUUUACACAUCCGGGUCAUUCCAGACGUCUAUGGGAGACACGAUAGGGAUCAGCCAGGCGUCCAUGUCCAGGUGUGUGUCCAACGUGACCAGAGCCUUGGUGGAGAAGGCCCCUCAGUUCAUCACCUUCAACAGAGAGCCGUCCUUCGAGGAGUUUGAGAGAGUGGCUGGAUUUCCGGGAGUUCUCGGGGUUCUGGACUGUGUUCAGGUUGCCAUCAAAGCUCCGAACAGCGAAGACUCCACAUACGUGAACAAGAAGGGGUUUCACUCGGUGGCCUGUCAGCUGGUCUGCGAUGCGCGGGGUUUGUUACUCAGCACAGAAACGCACUGGCCGGGCGGACUCGAGGACACCAUAGUUUUAGAAAGGUCUGCUGUCCACAAACAUCUGCAGGACAACAAGGAAGGCUGGCUGCUGGGUGAUGGGCGUUACCCUUUAAGGAAGUGGCUGAUGACCCCGGUGGAGCGUCCCGAGUCCCCCGCAGAGUUUCAGUAUAACCUGGCUCAUGUGGCCACGCAUGAGAUCGUGGACAGAACGUUUAGAGCCAUCCAGACCAGAUUCAGGCUCCGUGUGACAUGUGACACAUCCUAUUUGUGCAGUAUUCUCCAGAGAAGAGCUCGUCCAUCCUCCUGGCCUGCUGUGUUCUCCACAACAUCUCUCUUCAGUCUGGACUGGACGCCUGGACUCUGGAGAGGACGGAGCCUCUUGAGCAGCCCAAAAUCCUGGACCAGAAACCAGAGGACCGGGACAGCGAAGCAGAAGAGCUCAGAAAACAGAUCAUCCACAAACACUUCAGCUGAGACAGCUCCGGCAGGAGGGAUAAAAGACACGGACACGGCGCUGCUGAUGCAGUUUUUAUUAUUUUGCUGGUUUCUACUCUACUGACUACACUACAGUAACAUAGUUGGAUAUGGAGGAACAUGCAGUACGCUAUACAACAAAAACAGAGACAACAACGCAUCCAAACACAUUUCAAACAUCGCUUCUGGAAGCGCUUGAUUACUCACUUGGGACAUUCAUAUAUUCUCGGACGGGUGGGAGUAAUCAAGCACCUCCAGGACUUUUAGGACAGGUUUAAACUGUGUGCAGCUGCUGUGUUGUCUUAAGUGGGACAACUCCCCCCAGGCCUUUUGUUUUUAAUAUUUUCUUGUUUUUAAUCCCCACCGCCAUUUUUUCCCUUCCCACCGGACAUUCCACAGGUUAAAAUCUGGGAUUAUGGCACCUUAUUAAAAAAAAAAACAGGCCCUUGUUUAUUUACAACUGCACAGGAAGUUGUCAUCGCUUAUAUACAAGUGUGAUUUCCUUUGUGGUGGUUUACAAACUCAGACAUGAACAAUAAAAGCAGAAAACUCAGAAUGGUUCCUAAAACAGCAGAACAUGUUGCUUUUAUUUUGAAAGAACGCUUUCUAUUUUGAAAGGGGGGAUUGUUCGUAACGAAUGAGAAAACAAAAAAAUAAAGAAACUAGUGGUGUUGUUUUCCAGGA